AUGAGAAGAAAACCCCACCCCGCACUGUCUUUUAAGACAAAGGACGUUGUUCUUGCUGAAGAUAGGCCGAAAACUCUUCUAAUACAAAAACAUUCAGACUUCCUAGCCGCCUAUGGCUUAAAAAAAGAUGAUUACGAAUUUUGUAUGACUGAAUAUUUGCGUAUGUCUGGAAUAUAUUGGAGUCUUACUGCUAUGGAACUAAUGGAUCAAUCGUCAAGAAUGCCUAAAGAAGAAAUCAUAGCCUUUAUUACAUCCUGUCAAGACAGUGAAAGCGGAGGUAUAUCAGCCAGUAAUGGACAUGAUCCUCAUAUGCUGUACACUUUGAGUGCUGUGCAGGUUUUGGCGAUGUAUGAUAGAUUGGAUGCAAUUGAUAAAGAAGGUGUGGUGAGAUAUGUGACUUCUUUACAACAAGAAGAUGGCAGCUUUAUAGGAGACAAGUGGGGAGAAGUUGAUACAAGGUUCUCGUUCUGCGCUGUAAUGUGUCUGUCCUUGCUCCAUAGACUGGACGCCAUUAAUGUUAACAAAGCAGUUGAAUUUGUAUUGAGUUGUAUGAACUUUGAUGGAGGUUUCGGAUCUAAGCCAGGGUCUGAGAGUCAUGCAGGUCUAAUAUACUGUUGUGUUGGUACAUUGUCAAUAUGCAAACGGAUGGACGCCUUAAAAGCUGACGAACUUGCCUGGUGGUUAUGUGAAAGACAGUUGCCGAGUGGUGGUCUUAAUGGUCGUCCUGAAAAACUGCCUGAUUUAUGCUAUUCCUGGUGGGUUAUGUCUUCCCUGUCAAUGUUGAAUAGAAUACACUGGGUAGACAAAAAAAAUUUAGAACAAUUUAUCCUAGCUUGCCAAGACGCUGAAACAGGAGGAUUCAGUGACCGACCUGGCGACAUAACUGAUCCUUUUCAUACCUUAUUUGGUCUUGCCGGUCUAUCAUUAUUAGGCAAUUCUAGCAUAAAAAGUGUCAACCCUACAUACUGUAUGCCUCAAGAAACUAUAGAUAGAUUGAAAUUAGAGCCACAGAUUUUAUAUGUGUAAUUUAAAUACAAUUGUAUAUAUAAUAUAAGUUAUAAAUUAAAAUUAAUAUAUAA